AUAACCAAAUAACCAAUAGUCAGUUGAUUUUAUUUACUGUGAAUACUUAAAUAUGAAUUUUAAGUUUCAGCUAUGCAAUUUUAUUUAACAAAUUUAAUAUAUACUUUUAUAUUUAAUAGUUAGUUUUAACUCGUGUGUGUCAUUUGUAUUUUGUUAUCUUUAUCAAAUAUGAAGUUUUUCAAUAGCAGAUAUAUAUUUGGGUUGUAUAAUAGAGCCUUAUGGCCGAUUAAAAGUAUUCAAUCAACACUUUCACAUCAUCAGUUCUUAGUGUGCCGUUCAUAUUCUUCUUUGACUACGACGAGCCAUGGAAUUUCUACUGAGCUGUUACAAAAUUCAGGAGUGCGGUCAUAUUUAAACAAACUCAUAUCCGAAGAUUACUCGGAGGACAUGUCCAAACCUAAUGUGUCUGCAUUAAUAUCUGCUAUACGUUUAUUAAAAGUUGAUUUACAAUCACUUAAUGAAUUCGAUAUAGAAAAAGAAAAAGACAAAGAGUUUGGAGAACAAUUACAGAAAGAAAUAAAGUCUCAUGAAGAGCAAUUGACAAAACUAGAACUAGAACUUCUUAAUUCAUUAGUACCCAAUGAAGAAAUUAAUUGUCAAGACGUCAUGUUAGAAAUAACGGCUGGAGUUGGAGGUCAAGAAGCAAUGAUAUUCACUUUAGAGCUUUUUGAAAUGUACAAUUCAUUUGCACAUUAUAGAGGAUGGGAGUGUGAAGUAGCUGAUUAUUGUCACACUGAGAUGGGAGGUAUACGUCAUGCAUGUCUGAUGCUGUCAGGUAGUGAUUGUUACAGUUUGCUUCAACAUGAAGGCGGUGUACAUCGAGUUCAACGUGUUCCAAAAACAGAAAAAUCAGGACGGAUUCAUACUAGUACUGUGACAGUAGCCAUAUUACCUCAGCCAACUGAAUUAGAUGUGGUGAUUAAUGAUAGAGAUUUAAUUAUAGAAACAAAGCGAGCAUCUGGUGCAGGGGGCCAACAUGUCAAUAAAACUGACAGCGCUAUAAGAAUGCAUCACAAGCCAACAGGUGUUGUAGUCGAGUGCCAAACAGACAGAUCACAAAUUAAAAAUAGAAAAUUAGCAUUACAAAAAUUAAGAGCAAUAAUUUAUAAAAAACAACUCGAGCAACAACAAUCAUUAACUAGAUCUGCUAGAAAACAACAAGUUGGUUCUAGUGGAAGAUCAGAAAAAAUUAGAACAUAUAAUUUUAAUCAAGACCGAAUCACUGACCAUCGUCUUUCUAAGAGUUUUCAUAAUCUAGUCGGGUUCUUAGAAGGCAGAGAAUAUUUGGAUAAAGUAGUCAUUGAGUUACAAGAAAGAGCGAAUAAAAUACUCUUUAAUGAAUUUAUUGAAAGUAUUUCUAAAAAAAAUUAAAUGUUGUUCAACUAACGUAGAGCUUAAAAUUAUUUGGUUAAGUUUAAAACAUAAUUGUAAAAAAUAUUUUUGGUGUAAUAAAAACAAUUAUAAACUGCUAUUAUUAUAUA